CCUGUAUUAAUGUAAAUGAUUUUUAGGGCUUUAUACAUAACGAUAUUUAAACAUUUAUUGUUUGUUGGUGGUCGAGCUUGUUAUCGAACAGCUUUAGAGUUUUGCAAAUUAUUAUUAUCGUUAGAUCCUGAUAAGGAUCCGUUGGGUGUCAAAUUGGCGAUUGAUUUUUACGCUUUACGUUCGAGAGAGUAUCGGUGGUUUAUCGAUUUUUACGAGGAAUUGGAACCAACGAAAAAUUUGAGCCAAUUGCCGAAUUUCGCUUUUUCCGUAGCCGCCGCUCAUUUUCAUUUAGCCGAUGGGGAUUUAUCUCACGCCGAUGAUUUAUUACAAGAUGCCCUGUUGAUGUUUCCGGGGGUACUUAAACCACUUUUAGAAAAAUGUUCAGUUCAACCUGAUAAUAGAGUUAGUAAUCAUGCAUUUUUUGAUUCAAAACAAUCUCCCGUUUUAACUCAAUUAGUAUUAUUAUAUGUGAAUAGAAGUUACCAUAUUUGGAAAGAAAGUGAUCUUCUUCCGUGGUUGGAAAGGAACGUUAAUAAAGUUCUUGAUCGCGUUGAUAAACAAGAUCCAAUUGUUAAAGAUUACGAAGGAAAAAGGUCUAAAAGAUAUCAAGGGCCAAUGCCUAAAAGUAUUUGUAGACAUAUUAUUUUAUCCGACAUUAAAGGAGUUUCUCCAUUACCAAAAGAUUUUACAGGUGGUGUUUUAACCUUUGAUCCUUUACCACCUGAUGACUCCAUUAAUAUUUACUCAAAACCAAAAAGACCCAAAAACACAACAUCAAACUCAAGUACAGUUGGGAUUUUCUUCCGUUCUCUUUUACCCAGUUUCAAUCCAAACGAAUUGGUGGGGAAUUUAUUAGAAGAUGAAGAUGGAGCUAGGGCGCUUCCAGAUGGUGAAAUAGGUGAUGGAGCCGAAUUCGGUGACCUUAGACGUAGUGUUGCGUCAUUAGUCGGUGCAAUGAGGGAUUUAUUAAGUCACGUUCCAACUCCUGAUGUUCCAAACGAUGCCGACGUCGAUGAAAAUGAUGAAUCCGAUGAUGAUGAAUUAAACAAUUAUCUCACUUAGGAUAUUGUACUUUUUAUGUAGAUGAAGUAAAGAGAGGAAUUAUCGCUAAAUUAUAAUAUGACCCUGUCUAUUAUGCUCGAGGGAAGGCAUCUUUAAGUUUUACAACAUUGAAAAAAAAACUAUGUACUGUUUUUAGUUUUUAAAAGUAUAUUAAUGAUUAUUAAAGCGUCUACAAUUUUCUAUAUAUUAAAUCUAUAAGCAAAA